CGGAAGUGACGCUAUCUUCGUGCGGCGAUCGCGGAUCGAUCGAUUGAUUGAUUUCAAAUCGCUCCCCGCCUUCAUCCCGCCAACGGUAUCUGCUCCCUCUUCUUCUCCCCACCAUAUUACAGGCUUCUUUCUUCCUUCCCUUCCGGUUGAUCUACCAUUUACUUGACUAGAUUUACUGCACCUCUUACUGUGUACUGCCCACGAUGAUUGAACCCUUCCAAACUACAUUCGCGGUCUCCAUGACCUGCGAGGGCUGCGUCAAGGAUAUCUCAAGCUCUCUUCGCAAGCUUGAUGGCAUCAACAAGGUCGACGCCAACCUCAAGGACCAGCUGGUCUUCAUCGAAGGCACCGCGCCACCUAGCUCGAUCGUCUCCGCCAUUCAAUCAACGGGACGUGACGCGAUUCUGCGAGGCAGUGGCACCGCUAACAGCUCGGCCGUCUGCAUCCUGGAAACGCACUCGACCGCCGUCACAAAUAAGGUCCGCGGACUGGCGCGCAUGGUGCAGGUCUCGUCCAACCUGACGCUAGUCGACCUGACCGUGAACGGGCUUGCACCGGGCAAAUACUGGGCGACGGUGCGACAGGCGGGGGAUAUCUCGCGGGGCGCGGAGUCGACGGGGGGCAUCUGGGAGGCCGUGAAGACGACGAUGCUGGGCAAGGAGUCGGUCAAGGAGACGACGACGCCGCGUGGGGUGUUCGGUUCCGUGGAGGUGGACGACGAGGGACGGGGCAACGUGUUCCUCGACCGGCCGGUGGCGGUGUGGGAGAUGAUCGGACGGAGUAUGGUGUUGUCGCGGACGACGGAGGGGCCCUUCCGUCGUGAGGACCCCGAUACGUUGGUGGGGGUGAUCGCGCGCAGUGCUGGCGUGUGGGACAACGAUAAGAUGGUGUGCUCGUGCUCGGGGAAAAAUGUGUGGCAGGAGCGGCAGGAGCAGGUGGCGCAAGGAAUGGCCUGAUCUUUGUCUUGCGUCUGGUCUUUGUCUUACGUCCGCUGGUGGAUGCUUUGGCUGGGGACGGGUUUGGGGAGAGACUUGGCAGCAAGGAGCUGUCGGUGGUUGAUACUCUGCUUCCGUUGUUACUGUUGUCGCAAAUGAUCUAUCUGGUGAUUCCUCCCAUCACGUCACAUCACGAGGUCUCGCGUGGAGACUGGGAUCUAAAGAUAGCCACAGACAACGGAUUGGUUGGGGUUUUCACCCAUGGGCCGACUGCAGUCCAGAAGCGAAGCGCCGUGGCGGGGCGGGACAGAAGGGUGGAACUCUAUAUAGAGGCCUAUGGGAAGGAUGAGCACACGGUUGCUACGUAGUUAUGAUGGCUUGAUUUGUUAACUUGUCGAGAAUUUGGGUAAUGAGAUCGAUGUGUUGACAGUCGACCGUCUUUUUUCCUCCGCUAGAGUUUCCAGAUGAGGACUCCUGCAAGGGUCGGAUUACGGUACCUGGAUUGCUGCAUCAUUAGGUUGCGAUAACCUUGCUUGAACCAGCAUGGGGGAGAAGUCGGACCCAGCCACGAGUGUAUUCAGUGGGAUAAAUAUAGAUCGUAGUGGUCGGUGGCUUGGCGCUGAGGGGUAAUUUAGUAUAGC